CCCCCGCGCGGCGUCCGCGACCCCCGGGCAUGGGCGCUCCCCCGCGGCCGGCCGGGGUGCGAGCCCGGAAGGCGGGGAUGCAGAGGCGAGCGGAGCUCCCAGCCCAGGGAACGGGUUCCAGGAGUUCGGGAGCUCGGCUGCCAGGAUGCCCCCUGCGAGGGACCAGGAUUGCCACAUGCAACGUCUUCGUGGGACGCAGUGGAGAAACCGAGGCCGGAGAGGGUCUCACGGAGCCAGAAGCGGACCCGGGCCUGGAAAUGCCCCGUGGUGGCAUGUACAGCCUCACCAUGGACAGAGGCCAGCUCCAGCCCUGCCUGGCGCCUGGCUCCUUUGGCCAGGCCCUGAAGAUCCGGAGGAUGGUUUGAGGAUUGCCCAAGGCCUGGCCAUCCAUCGGAGUGAGAUGCCCUGUAUCCAAGCCCAGUAUGGGACACCAGCGCCAAGCCCAGGACCCCGUGACCACCUGGCCAGCGACCCCUUGACCCCCGAGCUCAGCAAGCCCGCCAUGGACCUGGCCGGCCCCGAGGCGGCUCCCGGCGCGCCCACCGCCCUGCCCAGCUUCAGCACCUUCAUGGACGGCUACGCGGGGGAGUUUGACACCUUCCUCUACCAGCUGCCGGGAACGGCCCCGCCGCCCUCCUCGGCCUCCUCCUCGGCCUCCUCCACGUCCUCCUCCUCGGCCACCUCCCCCGCCUCCGCCUCCUUCAAGUUCGAGGACUUCCAGGUGUACGGCUGCUACCCCGGCGCCCUGAGCGGCCCGCUGGACGAGACCCUGUCCUCCAGCGGCUCCGACUACUACGGCAGCCCCUGCUCGGCCCCGUCGCCGCCCACGCCCGGCCUCCAGCCGCCCCAGCUCUCCCCCUGGGACGGCUCCUUCGGCCCCUUCUCGCCCAGCCAGACUUACGAAGGCCUGCGGGCAUGGACGGAGCAGCUGCCCAAGGCGCCCGGGCCGCCCCAGCCCCCGGCCUUCUUCUCCUUCAGCCCCCCCGCGGCGGGCCCGGGCCCCAGCCUGGCCCAGAGCCCCCUGAAGCUGUUCCCCGCGCAGGCCACCCACCCGCUGGUGGAGGGGGAGAGCUACGCCUUGCCGCCGACUACGACGACGACGGCCUUCCCGGGCCUGGCGCCCGCCUCCCCGCACCUCGAGGGCCCGGGGAUGCUGAGCGUGCCGGGGACCCCGGCCAAGGCCCGCGGCGGCGCGCCGGCCGGCGGCGAGGGCCGCUGCGCCGUGUGCGGGGACAACGCGUCCUGCCAGCACUACGGCGUCCGCACCUGUGAGGGCUGCAAGGGCUUCUUCAAGCGCACAGUGCAGAAAAAUGCCAAGUACAUCUGCCUGGCCAACAAGGACUGCCCUGUGGACAAGAGGCGGCGCAACCGCUGCCAGUUCUGCCGCUUCCAGAAGUGCCUGGCCGUGGGCAUGGUGAAGGAAGUGGUCCGGACAGACAGCCUGAAGGGGCGGCGGGGGCGGCUCCCCUCCAAGCCCAGGCAGCCCCCGGAUGCCUCCCCUGCCAACCUCCUCACGUCCCUGGUCCGGGCGCACCUGGACUCCGGGCCCAGCUCGGCCAAGCUGGACUACUCCAAGUUCCAGGAGCUGGUGCUGCCCCACUUUGGGAAGGAGGACGCCCGGGACGUGCAGCAGUUCUACGACCUGCUCUCGGGGUCGCUGGAGGUCAUCCGCAAGUGGGCCGAGAAGAUCCCGGGCUUCGCCGAGCUGAGCGCGGCCGACCAGGACCUGCUGCUGGAGUCCGCCUUCCUGGAGCUCUUCAUCCUCCGCCUGGCCUACCGGUCUAAGCCAGCCGAGGGGAAGCUCAUCUUCUGCUCCGGCCUGGUGCUGCACCGGCUGCAGUGCGCCCGGGGCUUCGGAGACUGGAUCGACGGCAUCCUGGCCUUCUCCCGGUCCCUGCACGGCUUGGCGGUCGACGUCCCUGCCUUUGCGUGUCUGUCGGCGCUCGUCCUCAUCACCGAGCGGCACGGGCUGCAGGAGCCCCGGCGGGUGGAGGAGCUGCAGAACCGCAUCGCCGGCUGCCUGAAGGAGCACAUCUCGGCGGUGGCGGGCGAGCCCCAGCCGGCCGGCUGCCUGUCCCGCCUGCUGGGCAAGCUGCCCGAGCUGCGGACCCUCUGCACCCAAGGCCUGCAGCGCAUCUUCUACCUCAAGCUGGAGGACCUGGUGCCCCCUCCGCCCAUCGUCGACAAGAUCUUCAUGGAGACGCUGCCCUUCUGACCCCGCCCGGGGACACGCGUGCGCACCGUGUGUGCACGCUCCCGCGCCGCCCCACGUGCCUUGAGCCCAUGGCCCUUGGAUCCCCCGGAGGACCGCCCCGCCCGGCUGGAGCUGCAGACUGACUGGCCUCCCAUACUCCGGGAGGUCACCCCCUGGAAGAGGGGGAUGCGUUCAUGGGAGAGACCCCUACUAUGUGUCUUACCCCCCCAUCCCAGCCCUGGCCUUCAUGUUUUUGUAAGAUAAACCGUUUUUAACACACGCCGCUGUGCUGUAAAUAAGCCAGACGCUGCUGUAAAUACAGGAAGGAAGAGGUUGAGGCUGGGGGGAGGGUGAGAGGGAGGCAUGGGACCCACCAGCCUGGGCAAGCCUUCCCCAGUCUCUUCCUGCCGGCUCUCUCUCGCCACCUCCUUCCACAUGUACAUAAACUCACCCGAGGAGGAAGACAAAUGACAGAUUCUGACAUUUAUAUUUGUGUAUUUUCCUGGAUUUAUAGUAUGUGACUUUUCUGAUUAAUAUAUUUAAUAUAUUGAAUAAAAAAUAGACAUGUAGC